AUGAAGAAAGUCAACUUUGUGUCUGCUGAGGAGAUGGAACCAGUCCAAGAAGGGGAGGAUACACAAUUUGCUGAGGUGUGCUACAUGAGCAAUGGGCAAGGAGGUUACAACAAAGGAUACUAUAAUUACAAGUCCAACCCUGCCAUGUCAUACCGCAACACUGAUGUUGCUAACCCUCAGGACCAAGUAUAUCCUCAACAACAAGCAGCUCGAUCGAGUCAGGUGCCACAACAUGGGUAUGGUCAAAAGAACAAUUACCAAGGACCACAAGGCACUUUCCCUGGACAACAAAUGAAUAUCCCACCAGGCUUCCCCCACCAACCGCCCCAGCCUGCACCUUCACAAGAGAAUGAGCUCAAGGCAAUGCUAAAGCAACUACUUCAAGGGCAAGCUGAUGGGGUAGUGGACACAAGCAAGAAGCUAGCUGAAAUAAACUCUAAGAUCGAGAACCUCAACACAAGGGUUUACUCUCUGGAGAAUCAUGCUUCUUCUGUUGCUGCUGCUACAAAGCAAGGACAACUACCUGGUAAAGCUAUUCAGAACCCCAAGGAACAGUGCAAGGUCAUCUUCACUCAAGAAGGACUUGUUGAAGAAGAGGAUCAAGAAAGGGUCAUUGAAGAUUUUUGUUUACUGCUGAAUGAUGAAGAGAUUGUUGCUGCUGAGGCUCCUGGAGUCCAGAUUGAUCAACCAGAAGUGCAGGCACCUACUGUGGCCAUUCACACUUCACCACCAGUUUUGCUUGAUCCUUACCAACCGGUUGCCGCUUCCUCGUCUCGCCUACUUAGUCAAGGUCACAAGGAAGUGAUUCACAAGUUCAGAAGAGAUCUCAGUGGGAUUGGAAUUGAGUUGCCUCCUAUGGAUAGCAUGAGUGAGGCAUUUGAUCAAAUGCAAAUGGUCAAGGAUGUUCUAGCCAACAGUGAUAAAGUUUCAGAGGUCCUGAAGAGUCUACUCAUCAGUUCAACCUGCUUACUUCACCCACCUUCCUACCAAAGGUCAAGGAUCAAGGGAAAUUCACUCUCCCUUGCACACUUGGGCAUCUUGAGAUUGACAAUGCCUUAG